AUGCCGGCCAGCAUACGCUCCAGUGAUCGCAUAGCUAUACCAUUUAGCGUCCAGCAGCAGUUCCAGCAGCAGGAAAUCGAUCGUGCGCGCAUGUCGCAGCAGCAUCAGCAGGCACGGCAGGAGGAGCUUACGGACGAAGAGUUUUUAAUGCAGCAGGCGGGAGAAUGGCAGGACCAUUGUUGGAUUUGUGCGCAGGAAGGCCAUGAUGCCGAGCACGAAUUAUACCUUUGUGAGAUGGCGGUGUUGGUUGCGACUGGUGCGAAUGCACAGAAAUUACCCCCUGACAGGAAAGGACCACCGAAAACCACGGUACCCAGAUCGAUGGAUGACAUCGCAGAGGGGGCCCGCCAGGUGUUGAACCACAUAGAGAACAAUGGCACGGAGGACCGAUAUGUCACUGGAUAUAUCCGGGCUGUUCGCCAGUACGCGCUCAACGCCCAAAGGGGCGACGUCAUGGGGAUGGCCAAGGUGCUUGAUGCGCUGAUCAAGAUCAACGCCGACACCGAACGCUUGAACCAGCGAAUGACAACCAUUGAAGCUUCAACAAGCAACCUAUCGAGAUCUUUAUCCUCCCUUCCUGCCGAUUCUGCGGCAGCCGGCUUGGCCACGGCUUCGGCGCCCAAUACCUGGAGCAAUGGCACCUCAUCUCCAGGUGUACCGGAAAUUGAGCUUCGUGAAGAUCGGGAGGUCAUUGUGAAAGUUGGAGCAAAUCGCGAACAAAUCCGAACGCUGUCACCGAAGGAGCUCGUGGAGCGUGCGGAACGACAACGAACGACGGUUGCCCGACAGAAGAACUCCACGGCCCUGGCUGGGGGUGCAAGCUUCGUCGCAGCUCGCAAGUUAACAUCAGGAGAUGUAGCCAUGGUAGCUAAUACUGCUGCAGGGGCUGAGCUCUUGCGCAAACACACUGAGUGGUCGAGAGCAUUCGGACCGGGCUCGAUUGUCCAGGAACCGUCCUGGGGAGUAGUAGCGUACAAUAUCCCGGUGAGAUCGAUGAAGCUUACUCCGGAGACGAUGGCCGACGUUGCGCGUGAGCUACUCGCACAGAACGACUGGGGCGAAGCUGCCAGGAUCCAGUUCCUCGGCUGGCUAACGCGACCGGGUGCACGAGCAGAGGGCUCGAUCCUGAUCGAGUUCACCAGCCCAGCCGUGGCCAACCGUGCGAUCAUCACCGGCAUCGUGUGGGGGAAGCAAAUCCACCACGCUGUGCGCUUCUGCAGAGAAGGGCGGACAAAGUUAUGCAGGAAAUGCCAAAAACCGGGGCAUAUCCAAUCACACUGUUCCAACGAUUUCAAAUGUGGUCACUGCGCCGAUGGGCACCCGACCUGGGAGUGCCCGUCGACAAAGGGACAAACGAUACCUGUCAAAUGCUCUAAUUGUGGCGGAGGACACCGCCCAACCAGUCAAGACUGUGCGGUGAAGAGGACAGCUAUGACAGAGGCGAAACAGGCACUGCUUGAUUCCCCUACAUAUCACCGAGUGCCACUUCAAUACCGAAAUGCUAUGAGGAAUGGCAACACAACGACAACCCUGGCCACGUCUGGCCCAACUGAGGGUAACGAGCUGGACAUGUCUAUACACGCAACGGGAGCACGGCAGGAAGAGGAACAACCUCAGCAUCCCCAGCCUGUCACUGUCGACCUGGUGAAUUUGGAAAUGGAACCACCCCGGGAAAUGGUACCACCCAUUAUGGAGGCACCAAGUGCCGAACCCGGUCAGCAUGAGAAGCCCAGAAGAGGUCCGGGCCGACCAAAGGGCUCAAGAACCAGACCCAGAAACCAGGCGCAACCGGCUGCCGACAACACACCCUUAGCGGUAAACCGGAUGUCGACACGAUCCCAAGCCGCCUCCCAGAAGGCCACCCAGGAACACAACAUGUCCAAGAAACGCCGCGUGGGAGAACCAGAGGAUACGAUGGAUGAGCAACCGGAUGGUAGCAACUGGUUCGACAUCCACCUUCCUCAAACCGACCCUGCUCAGGCCAGCACCCAGCAAGACGACAGGUUUGAACAAGCACUCACCCAGUUCACUAACGAUGUCACCACAAUCAACGAUACCAAUACUCUCGAGCCUAGUCUUCAGGGUCUAGACCCGAAUAGUCCAGAAUACCGAAAACUCAUCACUUUGAGACACAACCAGACACACCUGGUCUCAGUCGGAUCGUCUCCGCCGGUGUUCACGACCGACGCACCUACAAUUGAAGACCCAAAUGACGACAUAUGGCACGAAACCAGCGAGCUCAUUGACGAUCAACAGCACAAUCAAUGA